GUGUAGUAUGUUUUAUUUGCUACACGCAGGUAAACAGAAAGAUUAAUGUGAUCCUGGCGGCAGAUGGGGCGAGAUUGUCGGGAUGGAUGUGACAAGUUUUGAAAUGAUUUAUGAUAUGUCAAUAUUAAAUUCGCUUCCGCAAUAUUGUUAAAUACUCCGUACUGUAUAUGUUAUGAAAAAUAUUAUUGAGAUUAAUAAAGUGUGUUUGAAAAGUUUUAAAUUUUACGAUUACCAAAUUUGAUCUUCUUGUUUGUUUCCCCUUGUUCUGUAAUGGAAGAUCCUAUUUGCAAGAAGCGAGUUCGCGAUGACUCGGACGAGUUCGGCGACGGAUCUCCCGAGGUAAAGCGCCUCCGGGAAGACCUUCUGGAUGACCUUGAUUUAUUCGACCUCUGCACGGCGGAGAAUCAGGAUCUGGAGUCGUUCAUGAAGAGCUUCGAGGAGGAAAUUUCGCCGUCUCCGUCGCAGGCGGCGGCGGCGGAGACAGUCAUCGAUUUGACGUCGGAAUCCGGCGAUUCUCGGCCGGAUCUCGGUUUCCUGCUGUGUGCUUCGGACGACGAGCUCGGCCUCCCGCCAGCCGGCGCGCAGGAAUCGGAGAACUCGGAGCUUAUCCGCGUUUCCUCCGACUCGGCGGAACUGGCCGGCGGUUUUUGGGACGUGGACGGACAGAUACCGAGUCUUGACUCGUUCGCAUUCGUCGACUCGGGAUGUGAAUACGACGCGCUGGAUGGAUUAUUUGAUUCGGAUCUUUCUUUCGGGUCGGGUGAUAGUGUUUGGAGACCCGAAACCUUGCCGGCCGAUUAAAAAAGUUUUAGAUCUAGGCUGUAGUAAUUGUAAAUCUCACGGAGUAUCGAGUAUUUCAUUAUUUUUUUGGAAAGCAUCUCUAAUUAUUAUUUUUACUCAUAUUUAAUUUAAUUUAUUAUAUCAUCCGAACAGAGUUAAGAGUUAAGAGAAGAGUUUUUUCAGAAAAGAGAGUUUUUAGUAUUUUAUGUGAAAUGAAGUAAAAUUUAAAUUUUUUU